AUGGAGAGUCUGGAUGAUCGGUUUGGCGGAACCAAGAGCUGGUCCCCCUGGCAACAUGAGGCCAACCACGGAUCUAUGGAACGACGGGCUCUGCGAUACCAACUGUUCCCCGCAGGACGGGCUCUGCGACAUCAACUGAUCCCCGCAGGACGGGCUCUGCGACAUCAACUGUUCCCCGCAGGACGGGCUCUGCGAUACCAACUGUUCCCCGCAGGACGGGCUCUGCGUUAUCAACUGUUCCCCGCAGGACGGGCUCUGCGUUAUCAACUGUUCCUCGCAGGAGACCGCUGCGAUAACAAGUUCUCUGCAGGAGACCGCUGCAUCACCAAGUUCUCCGCAGGGGGAAGCUGCGACACCAAGGAACUCUAG